AUGGCCCCGCUCACCAGACCGCUCGCCGCUUCUUCUCCCACCCUCUUCAAGACUCGUCCUCGAAAUCGCUGCCUCUCCUUCUCCGCAUGCCAGGCAUCUCAUCGUCGCAGCCAGGACUUCACGUCUGGCUUUACCUCUAGCUAUGACCCAACCCAAGAGUCCGGCCGCGGGCCCAUGUUCAACAAGAAGGUCAACUGCGGCGUGCCCGAGUUUUACCCGCGUGACCUCAAGAAGCGAGUCGACGACUUCGUAGUCGGCCAGCACCGCGCGAAGAAGACUAUAUGCUCGACUAUAUUCAACCACUACCAGGCUGUGAAACGCCGCGAGUGCCAAGAAAUUGCCGAUAGGAACUACCGCGAGAAGCUCCACAGGCAACGCGCGAAGGAGCAAUCCGAGGAGUCGACGUAUGAUGCGAUUUACCAAACAUAUCGCCAUGAGUUCAAUGAUCCCCAGUCUGCCACGCAGUCACCACGCCAAAGCGUGGAUAACAGCGUUUUGGAAAAUCUCUUCGGCAACGAGGCCUUAGACACCAACAUGCCGGAGCAUGUCAAGAUAGACAAGAGCAACCUCUUACUCCUGGGGCCGACUGGUGUCGGCAAGACGUAUAUAUUAGAGACAUUGAGCAAGAUGCUAAACGUACCGUUUACAAUAUCCGACUGCAAUUCGUUUACUCAAGCUGGAUACGUCGGACAAGACGUAGAGACUUGCAUAGAGAGGUUGCUGAUAGAGGCAAACUACGAUGUUGACGUUACCCAACGAGGAAUUGUCGUCUUGGACGAAUUUGAUAAGAUUGCGAGGAAGGAUAUAGCGAAUGGAAGAGAUGUCGGUGGUGAAGGUGUCCAGCAGGCCCUCUUAAAGCUGGUCGAGGGUACUAAGGUCACCAUCACUAUUAAAGACGGCAAAUUAACUCGCGCGACUCCUCCGCCCACCGCAAAUUAUAACAGCGCUGGUGCUGCAACACCCGGCCAGACGUCCCAGCCGCCUCAUCCCCCGGCUGGUGGCCGAUCGGAGCAGUUCAUCAUUGAUACUAGUAACAUUCUUUUUGUCUUCUGCGGAGCAUUUGUUGGCCUCGACAAGAUUAUUCUCCGCAGAGUGUCCAAGCCCUCCAUGGGCUUCGGCGCCCAACUGACCCCCCGGUACUCUCUAUCGACGAGCCAGAACGUCCUGCCGCACAAGGCAUACUCACACCUCCCCCACCAGAGCACGCCCGACGGCGUCCCAUCCACCUUCACUCCCCUCGACCUAACCUCCCCCGCUGACCUCCAGGCCAUGGGCUUCAUCCCCGAGCUCAUCGGCCGCCUCCACAACAUCUGCGCCCUCAGCCCCCUCUCCCUCGACGAUCUCUACCGAAUCCUCACCGAACCGCGCAACAGCCUCGUCGCGCAAUACACGGCCCUCUUCGAGACCUACCCCUCCAAGCUCUUCUUCACGCGCAAGGCCCUCUACGCCAUCGCCGAGCGAGCCGCCAAGUCCGAGACCGGCGCUCGCGGCCUUAAGAUGGAGAUGGAGAGGGUUCUUGCCGAGCCCAUCUUCGAUGCCCCCAUGCCUUACGUCCUCAUCACCGAGGCGUGCGUGAGGGGAGAUGGGAAGGCGGAGUAUUGGGGUAAGGAUGGGAAGUUUGAGGUUGAGAGGCGCAUUCGGGAGGAGGAUCUGGAUGAAGGUUCUGAGGCGGGGGGGCAUGUUUCUACGUUUGAGCAGUUUAGGGAAGCUGGGGAGAGUGGUGCUUGA